AUUGCACUCUGGGAUAUUCCUGAUGGGUUGGCUAGGCCGCCAUGAUGGAUCAGAAAAAUUGUUUAGAAUGUGAAAUAUUUGAAGACGUUGGAUAAACUCAUUUAAGUUUUUUGUGAUUUAUCAAGGAUACCAAAAUGUCGAACUGAUGUUCUAAUAUAAUUCGUUGUGUUAUUUUACCCUUUUUGGGGACUAUUACGACCGCUUUGGCGGGAUAAAAUUUUGACUAUCUCAUUAGCAUAUCCGAGCCGAGGACGAUGAGCAAGGUUUCGUUUAGGGCUCGGGCGCUGGACGCCUCGAAGCCUAUGCCCGUCUACAAAGCUUAUGAGAUUCCAGACAUGAAGGAUUUUGCACAGAUCAACCGAUCUGUUCCGCAAAUGCCGACAGGAAUGGAAAAAGAAGAAGAAACGGAGCAUCAUCUACAGAGAGCAUUGUCAGCUCAACAAGUAUAUGGAUCAUCCGAGGCAUUGGUUAUUCCCAUUCCUGAAGUGCAGGACAUUUCAGAAAGAUUUCACCUUCUCUAUCCAGAUACAUACAAAGCAACAAAGCAGUAUAUCCAUAUACAAGCAUUUAAUAUGGAUCAAGAGAUUCCAGACUAUGAUAUGGACAGUGAUGAUGACUCCUGGCUAAAUGAGCAAAGUAAGAAAAUGGAGAUAACCCCCAUCAAAUUUGAGGAAAUGAUGGAUAGGUUGGAAAAAGGAAGUGGACAACAGGUUGUGACUCUGCAAGAAGCAAAACUUCUAUUAAAAGAAGACGAUGAUUUAAUUAUUGCUGUAUACGAUUAUUGGCUUAAUAAAAGACUCAAGAUGCAACGUCCCUUAAUUGCAACAGUUAAAUCAGAAAAAAGAGAUGGAACGACAACCAACAAUCCAUAUGUUGCAUUCCGAAGACGAACAGAGAAAAUGCAGACACGAAAGAAUCGCAAAAAUGAUGAAGUUUCCUAUGAAAAGAUGCUCAAAUUACGCAGGGAUCUACAAAAAACUCUUACUCUGCUUGAAUUGUUGAAAAGAAGGGAAAAAAGUAAGAAAGAAUUGUUGCAGCUGACAAUAGAAAUUUUAGAAAAAAGAAACGAAAUGGAAGAUUUUUCCGGAACCGCACUCGCAGAGGCGGAGGAAGAGAGAGAAAAACACCCAACAUUUGUCGCUCCCUUUGCCCUCAACAGUCGUGGGGAGUGGGUGCAGACUUACAAGGGGGAGGAAGUCGCGCCUGUGCGUAAAAAGAGACAGUAUCGUAAAAGAAAGCAGGCUCAGCAGCAGCAACAGAAUCAAAUCAUCCAACAUACUGCAGUGCAUCACUUUCAGAACCAGCAACAUUCCAGUGGUGACAUUGAUAUUAUGGAUAGCUCUGAUGAGGAUAUGCUCUCUCCUGCAUUGUCACAGUCAGAUCAUGAGGAUGAAAAUGAUCCCGAUGGAAUGUUUGCUUUCAAGAGAAGGAAGAACUGUCAUUAUCAUCAGCCAAUCCAGUCUGGACUGGGAAACUGGCCAUGGCAUGGCCCAGAAGAGGGAGGGAGGGGAGACAAACGCUUUCGCUUUUCUCUCACUUCAUUACCUAUUGGUUGUAUGGCCUAUGCUCGUCGAAGAAUAGGAAGGGGAGGCAGAGUAAUAUUUGACAGAGCAGGUACAGCAUGGGAUGAGACGUUAGAGCGUAUUGAUUUUGGUUCAAAUUCUCACCACUCCAGUAUUUACUCUGAAUAUAUUACAUAUGUGCGGGAUAAUAAAAUUCCACUUUAUCGUCCAAAAACUCCACCUCCUGAUGAUGAUCAUAAUUCUCCUUCUUCUGGCUCAAACAAUGGACAUGGUGGAAGGGAUGGUUUUUUUGGCCGACCUGUGUCAGAGUUUGAUGUUGAAAGUUUCCAAUCACACCGAGAACAAUUGCUUGAAAUGCAACGAGAACAACAGCAAAAACUUUUUACAGAGGAUGAUCACGAUUGUUCUAUAACACUUGAUCUUGAGCCCACAUUAAAUCAACGUGAAUUGGGCUCACGGUUUACAUUAGACUCUGCUGGUGCUGAAUUUGCUGUUAGAGCUUUAGUUGAUUCACCUAAUCAGGUUACUCUUUCGGUUUUGGAGGGUUCUACCCCUGGCAGCAUUAGCACUGCAGCUGCUUCUCCAGUGGGUAGUAGGACGAAUUCUCAUCAGUUUAGCUAUCCAUUGGCUAGUAAAGCUGGGGAUACAGCAACCAGUAGUGGCACGAAUGGAAAAACAACACUAUCCUCAGGAAAAGUCUCAGGCUGCAAUAAUGCAAAAAUUAUCACUAGCUCUAAUCAGUUGUCUUCAUCAUCAAUUUCACUGCUUCAUAAAUCAACCUCAGCACCACAGAUUACACAUUCAUCACAGACUAUUGCAUCGUCGACGUUACCAUCCCCCGUGUCCCUAUUGUCAACCACUACUAUUCUGCUGCCACACAAAACCAAUGGCCCAUUGUCAUCUUCACAUGUGAAAACCAGUGGGCUUUCAACAUCACCAGCAGCAAAUGUACUCCAGCUCAACUUUCCAGCUAGUUCAGCUUCAUUACUUACAAAUCCAUCUACAUUAUCAGUGUCCAAUCCAACAAUCAUUGCAGUUGCACCAUCAAGUUCAUCUACUGCCAUUGCCACAGCCAUCACAACAUCAACAGGAAGCACAGCCCUCCAGCUUCAACGACCUCUCAAAGUGACAAACUCAACAAGUUCUGCUGGGACAUUGUAUAAAGUAUCCUCAACCCCUACUUCCAAUUUUGAGAUUCUCAGGUCAAAUCAUGAGGACAUAUUAUUUAACAAAGACACAGGAAUCCCUAUGGAUGUCACAUGACAGAGAUCUCAGGCGUCCCCUUGGCGCUGAAAUUUUUGGCUAUGUAUACAUUAGUACAUCAUUUCAAGAGUGGUGUCAUAGCACAUUUGCUAUAAUUCUCUAUGGCUGUCUGGCACAAGCACUGCUGCUGCCACGAUCUGCAUGAUCAGCUAACCCACCUAAUCAGCAGCAAUAAUUAUGAGAUACUUAAAACUCCAGUGGUCCAAACUUUUUAUAACAAUUAGAAGUGUCUGUGUCCAUUUUUUAAAAAGAAAAUGUUGGAUUAAGUACUAGAAUUUGCUUUAUAAGAGUGAGGAGGUAAAGUUUCAUACGGAAACCAGCAAGUUUUAUGAUCAUGUCAAUGCUUCCAGUUGGGGAAAUUCCAAGGUUACACAAAAUGACAACAUUGUCAUAAAUUUCCAGUGUAUAAUUGUGCUUCUGUUUUAUUAGAAGCUUUAUGUUGUGCAUAAAAUGUAAGUUUGGUGUACAGCUUAAAAAGGUUAUUUGAUAUAUAUAUUAGAAAUUUAGUUAAGGGAUUAUUACUACCUAACGGGUUUAAGUAUGAAUGACAAAUAAGCACAAGAUUUAGUAUGCAAACACCUUAAAACAUUCCAUAUUUUAAAUUUGAAAAACAAAGUCAAAUUAGCAGUAAAGGAAUACAAAUCCAGCGUUAAGAGCUGUAGUCACAGGCACUUGUAAUUUGGAAAAGGGCCACAGGUUUCAAUGGGUUUUUGAGUGGCUAAAUCUUCCAGUUAAUCUUGCAUAUUGGCAAUACUAAUUCUAGUGUUUGCAGUAUUUGCUUUUAGUCGGACUAAGUGCUUACCCUUUUACCUUAAGAUCUGUAUUUUAAUUAGUGUAAAGUUUUAAUAUGUACAAAGCUAUUGCAUAACAACAGUGGUUUAGCUUAUGUUAAAAUAUGGGAAAUAUGUACGUUUUGUUUGUUUUUUAUUGUACUGUGAAACCUUUACCUGUUACCCAUAAUUUCUUUCUAAAAGAAAUGUAUUUAUUGUUAAAAUGUCCUAAAUAUUUCCCUUUAAAGUAGUAUAUUGUUUAAGUAUAGUUUUAUUAACCUUGGCUAGUUUAGAUUUUUUUGCACACUGUCAUGAGCUAAACAAAAAGGGUUCAAAAUUUUAUAGAUAACAUUGUUUUUUAUGCUCAUGAGGUAUGGCAUUGCAAAUACAUGUAUAUAUACAAAAAUUUUGUAUAACUAAUUAUAAAGUGUAGUGGAAUAUAUUUAUAGGCUGUUUAUUGCAUAGAUAUAAAACUUUCCCAAACAUUAUGGCUCCUGUGAAAUUUGGAGUUUCCUACCUGUAUAUUAAGUGUCAUGUAUGUAGUUUUGUCUUUCACUGUUGUGGUGCUAUAGAAUGAUUGUAUCACAUUGAUUUAAUCUUUAUAAUAAAGAUUAUUUUACUGGUUGGGUGACAUUUGGGGUCUUUUUGUUGCCAGGUAUAGAAAUAACUGAAUCUGCAUAGAGAGCUUUUUUUUUUUUUGUCCUUUAGUAUUUUAAGAUUAACCUUCAAUUGUUAUUUUUUUAAAUUAUUGAAUAAAAACAGCUAAAUGCAUUUUUAGGUUAAGCAAUCAUCUGUGCUUUAUUAUUAUUUUUUUUAAUUUAAUUCUAAAACAAAAAAAGGUUACAUUUUUGUAAAUACUGGCCAACACUAAGAGGCAUGUUGUGUGUAGUUGUAAUAUGUUGACUAGGUUAUACACAAUGGAAUGACUAUGUUCCAAUAUUGCUUGCGUGAAUUCAAGGAAGGAAGUAUGAAAUGUAAAAAAAAUUGAACAAUUUACUGUGAUAAAAUAUAAAACCGACAAAAACAAAACGGGUGCACUGGCAUCCUCUUUCACAAUUGAAAUUUGUAAUAAAAGUUGAUUUCAUGUA